UUUAUCCACUCAAAUUGACUUUACACUGCCUAUGUUAGCUUACUCUCUAAGCACAUAGCCUGCAUUAGACUGGGACAUAUAUACGUAGAGGUGUUGGAGCUAAAGUUACUGGCUUAGUUCUUCAUCGGGAAUAAAACUACAGAGAACAGAGAGAGCAUACUUAGACUACACUUGCACAACCGAAGAAGCAUCCAUUUUGAAAACAUUUUUAGUUUUGGAGCUACAUUUAGAGAGUUCAUCGUUUAGCAGGAAAGUUCCAAGCUUUUGAUAACAUUGACAGGCGUCUACCAUCGUGCUUUAAACUUUGAACAUUAAGCCAGGCAUGACGCUAAGAUAUACACAUGGGUAACCAAGCUGCAAGAACACUUAGAUGGAAUUACAUUUGAAACGAAAACAGUGACACACUAGACAAGAAAACAGCAACAAAACGUGGAAAAUAAAAUUGAUUUGUUGAAUGUAUUCAAUUUGAAUAAUCAUUAAUCAAUCAAAAAUGUAGAGAGAGGCAGGAAGAGUCAGGAUACAUCUAGUUAAACUGGAAAGACCAAAAUUGUAUCAGAUAGAACUCAAACGAUGUCUGAGGAUUGAGGGUCAGACUGCAUCGAGCAACAAAAUAUAGAAAAUACAACACUGCGUAAACUUCUCAAUAUACAAAGCAUAUGAUAGAGGUGAUACCAUCAUAAAUGCAGUAAAUGCGUCAAAAUAUGAGCGCUAAAUUACGUGCACAAUGGACUGAUGUGAGGAACUAUGUAUAGCAAGUCAAUGAGCAGUUUGAUUAACGGGAGCCAAGAUGCAUCGAAUCUUAAACCUCCCAAACCGCCAUCAUGGCGUGAUUUUGAAGGAAAUGCAACUAAACCCAAACGGGACAAAUCUGCAAAUGGUGCGAAAAAUAUUAAAUUCACAGAUAUUUCUCUUUUGUCUAAGUCUGGGGUUGUUAGUGAAUUGCCCCCGGAUGGUGCUCAGGCUGGAGCCCAUGGUGCUCCCCCACUGCCUAAAAAGGCAAAACACCACAGGAAACAUAACAGAGUCAAGAACAAAGCUAGGAUACAUAGGACACAGAGCCACCUUACGAUUGAAACAGAGGAACUACCACGCGACUUGACAGCUAGUCUUGCGGAAGCUCAACCCAUUGGUAUACGAAAUAGUUCCGUCAAUGCUAUCAUUUACAUGACAGAAAAUAAUAGAAAAUGUGAGAAAUGGCUUGAAGGGGUCGAAGAUUGGGACCCCUUAGACGAUAGCAGCUUUGCUCAGGGAUCAGGCGUAGAAGUUGAGGUACCCGAGGAAAAAUGGGACGAUCAUCUCAAGCCUCCAAUAAAUAGCAGUGCAUCUAGUUCAAGCGAAUCCUCUAAUGAUGCAACACAGAAGGACAGUCGCAAUAAUAUUUCUAUGUGUGCUUAUACUACAGACAAUCUUGUCAAAAAUCUCCCCUCAAAACUUCGGAACAAACAGGUGCGAGCGCACAAGAAGUAUGAGGAAACAACGUCGACCGCAUCCAGUUCGCCUAUAAGUCCCGAGGAGAACAACACUUACCUUACGUUGUCAACAAGGGCUAAAUACGAUUCAAUACAACGGGGCAAACCGGGACCUAGUCAUCAGAACAGAGCCAGAACACUACCAAAAGACCACUCAAAUCCCAGAUCUCUUCAUUCAAAAGUGGAUAAAAGUCCAACACACAGUCACCAUGCAAAGCAUAAUCAUAUUAGAAACGAAUGUUCAGAGUGUAAGCUUCAGGAAGAACAAUGGACUAUAGAUCCUGCUAUUCCUGGUCUAGUAAAUCCUACAGCAAACAUAACAAUCCCGGGUGCAAUACAAGAACAUUUUCGUUCAGAGAAUUCGAAUUUCGAUAAAGAAAAUAGUAAGGUAUUGAAACAUUUUACAGAACUUCAGAUAUCUCCGAAAGUAAAACGGUCAAAUAGAGUGGACGGUGGAAAGAAUGGAACAUUGAGCUCAAAUGCAGUGAAUAUCAUUGAAUCUCCAAUAAUAUCUGUUGAGGCGACCUCAAAACCAGCAACUGCCUAAAUUUAUAACCUCAUACACAUCAAAGUUCAAAUAAUCAGAUAGAAUCCUACCCCGGGAAUUCUUCUUACCCAUCGUUUUACUUGAUACGUUUUGUUUAAACUGAAUUUUCACGACACAGGCUUGUCAUGAUUAAAUUAUGUUUAUUUUUACUUGGAAAAAGACAUGAUGAAAUUUAAAUCCCAAAUUAGGAAACAUAAAUGCAAAGUUAUGUAAUGUAGUUCUAAACCCGGAAAUCUCUCAGGAAUUAUUUAUUUUAAACUGUUAAUUCUUUGGGUUAUUUUGUGAUAUAAGCUAAUGCAUAGUUCGUCUUUAACUGCUAGUACAAUCGGAUAAUUUAUAGAAUGUACAAUCUUGGCCACUAAAACCUUUAUUUUCAUUGUAAGGUUAUAUACAUAUAGCAUAAUAUUAAAUGAAUUUAUUAUCAUAUGAUUGUUAGUGUUAAUUGGUAGACUUCUUUAUUUAAAUGCACCUCAUGUCAUUUCCAAGGUUCCAGAGUGUUUUGGAGAUGUACGUCUGUGUACAGGUGGCAGCGUAUUAUUUCGAGUGUAUAUGAGUAUACUCGAUUUUUGGCCCUGCGAAUAUACCAAUUUGUUUGCAUGGCGUAAGCGCGCAAUUCGAAAUUUACAAAAUUAUUUAAAAACAAUCGUUGAAGGACAAUCAGGUUUUUGAAAUGACACAGCGAAAUGCGAAUGUGAUUCUCUUGACUACAUGGAAUGCAACCGUGUUGACCCUCAACUCAAGAAAAGACAUUCACCGAUCACUACUAUUCGAGUCAAUAUUUACCGUGCGAUUAUUUACAGGCGAAACUGAAUCCAUGUUUACUUUUUGUAUUUGAUGGGCCAAUCUAGUCUAAGAAGGUCUUAUUUAAUAAGUAUGAAAAUCAUGUUUUUUAAAUGCAGAGUGUCGAGUCGAAUGAAUAUCCGAGGACGUACUAGACUAUGGUUUUAACACUUAAUCCUGUAGUAUAAUGGGUGGAGACAUUUCGGAUUUAAUAAUCAGUAUAAAAUUAUCGUAUGUUUCGAGAAUAUUAAAGAUAGAAUGACCUCCAACCACUAUGAUGACGUAUACAAUGAAUUUAAAGACACACCCAUUCGCAAAUCAUAUAUAUCUUUUUUGUAUGUUUUAAUAAUUUACAAACUGCCUUCAUGACGUCUUAAUAAAGAAUUAUGAAACGCUUGUCAUGUGCAUUGUUAUAAUGAUAAUAAAUGAUGUAUCCAACAACCCAUUAAUAUUCUUCAAUUUAUAAUUACAAAAUGUAUUAAAAUACGUCAACAUAGAGAGUAUUCACGAAUUCAUUUAGAUAUUGUAAAUAUCAAUUAACUCUUGACAAGAAUACGUGCGUUUUACUGAUAUAAAAUGAAUGGUUUGGCAUGUUAUAUGACAAUUUAAUUAAUAGAAUUUGAUU